CUUUGCGGCUGUGUGACCUCAGAGUCUUUUCAAAGCCCGCAUAUAAAGCUUCAACCAGUACAUAUGCUGGGGGUUGACUUUAUUUACUUUUUUUUCCUUCUCUUCCAACUUCUUCCAACCCCCCCUCUCUUCUUCUUUUGCUCUUCCCGGGUCUUUGUCUGUUUGGCAGAGCUUCCACAUACAACAUGCUGUCUUCUAACACCUUCAUGCGGGCCGCCAAGUCGGUUUCCCCCGCCAUCAAAUCCAUCCCCUCGCGUACCUACGCUCAGGCUGCUGGCACUUGGGCCGCCCAGAAGGUCCCCAUGUCCGUCCUCGAGCAGGACAAGUUCGUCAACUACCAGAGAAUCGAGGACAACCUUCAGAUCGUCCGUAGAAGAUUGAACCGUCCUUUGACCCUUUCUGAAAAGGUCGUCUAUGGCCAUUUGGAUGAUGCUGAGAACCAGGACAUUGUUCGUGGCCAGUCCUACCUCAAGCUUCGUCCUGACCGUGUUGCUUGCCAGGAUGCCACUGCCCAGAUGGCCUUGCUUCAGUUCAUGUCUGCCGGUCUCCCCAGCGUUGCCGUCCCCACCACCGUCCACUGUGAUCACUUGAUCCAGGCCCAAAAGAGCGGUGUCCCCGAUUUGGCCCGCGCCAUUGACAUCAACAAGGAAGUCUACGACUUCUUGGCCACUGCCUCUGCCAAGUACGACAUUGGUUUCUGGAAGCCAGGCUCUGGUAUUAUCCAUCAGAUCAUCUUGGAAAACUAUGCUUUCCCCGGUGGUCUUAUGAUCGGUACUGAUUCGCACACUCCUAACGCUGGUGGUCUCGGUAUGGUUGCCAUUGGUGUUGGUGGUGCUGAUGCCGUCGAUGUCAUGGCUGACAUUCCUUGGGAAUUGAAGUGCCCCAAGGUCAUUGGUGUCAACCUCCACGGUAAGAUGAACGGCUGGACCUCGGCCAAGGAUAUCAUCUUGAAGGUUGCUGGUAUCUUGACCGUCAAGGGUGGUACUGGUGCCAUUGUCGAGUACACUGGUGCUGGUGUCGAUACCCUCUCCUGCACUGGUAUGGGUACUAUCUGUAACAUGGGUGCUGAGAUUGGUGCCACCACCUCCAUGUUCCCCUUCAACGCCCGCAUGGCUGAAUACCUCCGUGCUACCAACCGUGGUAACAUUGCCCAGUAUGCCGAGCAGUUCGCUCCCAACUUGCGCGCCGAUGAGGGUGCUCAAUACGACGAAAUGAUCGAUAUCGACCUUGACAAGCUCGAGCCCCACAUCAACGGUCCCUUCACCCCUGAUUUGGCCACUCCCUUGUCCAAGUUCAAGGAAACCGCUAUCAAGAACGACUGGCCCCUUGAAUUGAAGGUCGGUUUGAUCGGUUCCUGCACCAACUCUUCGUACGAAGACAUGGCCCGCUCUGCCUCGCUCUUCGAGCAAGCCUCUGAGCACGGUUUGAAGUGCAAGUCCAAGUACACUGUCACUCCUGGUUCCGAGCAGAUUCGUGCCACCAUCGAGCGUGACGGUAUCAUGGACAUAAUGACCAACGCCGGCGGUGUUGUUCUUGCUAACGCUUGUGGUCCUUGCAUUGGUCAAUGGGACCGUCAGGAUAUCAAGAAGGGUGAGAAGAACUCCAUCAUCACCUCGUACAACCGUAACUUCACUGGCCGUAACGACGCCAACCCCGCCACCCACGCUUUCGUCGCUUCCCCUGAAAUCGUCACUGCCUUGUCCAUUGCCGGUGACAUGGGCUUCAACCCCAUGACCGACUCCUUGACUGGUGCCGAUGGCAAGCCCUUCAAGUUGAACCCUCCUACUGGUGACUCUUUGCCCACCAACGGUUACGAUGCCGGUGAGAACACCUUCCAGGCUCCUCCCGCCGACCGCAGCCAGGUCAACGUUGCCGUCGAUCCUAAAUCCAACCGUCUCCAGCUCUUGAAGCCUUUCGAAAAGUGGAACGGCGAGGACAUCAAGGAAAUCCCUAUCCUUAUCAAGGUCAAGGGCAAGUGUACCACCGAUCACAUCUCCAUGGCCGGUCCCUGGCUCAAGUACCGUGGCCAUUUGGACAACAUCUCCAACAACAUGUUGAUUGGUGCUAUCAACAUCGUCAACGGUGAGGCUAACAGCAUCAAGAACGUCUUCACUGGCGAGUUCGGUGGUGUUCCUGACGUUGCUCGUGACUACAAGGCCCGUGGUGUCAAGUGGGUUGUCAUUGGUGACGAAAACUACGGUGAAGGUUCGUCCCGUGAACACGCUGCCUUGGAGCCCCGUUACCUCAACGGUGCUGCCAUCAUCACCAAGUCGUUCGCUCGUAUCCACGAAACCAACUUGAAGAAGCAGGGUAUGCUUCCUUUGACCUUCGCUAACCCCGCUGACUACGACUUGAUCGAUCCCACCGACAAUGUCGACAUCCUUGGUUUGACCGACUUCCAGGAAGGCAAGCCCUUGACCAUGCGUCUCCACAAGACUGAUGGCAAGACCCAGGAUAUCACCUUGAACCACACCUUCAACCCUGGCCAGAUCGCCUGGUUCAAGGCUGGUUCUGCCCUCAACCUCAUGCGUGAGAAGACCGCCUAAAUCACUGGUAUCUCCUUCUCUCACCCUUUCCAAAUUCCAUCUUUUUAAAAAAAGAAACUCAUCACCUUCCCAUAUGUAAAAUAAAAAAGUUGUAAUUAGCAUUUUUCACACA